AUCGACAAUGGAAUCAGGAAUAGGAAUUUCAAAUAAUCCAAGCAUAGAUCCUACAAAUGAAUCAACAAUAACUCAGUUUGAAUUUAAGGAAAAUGAAAGAAUUUCUUACGAAGAUGCCUUAACAAAGACAACAUUCGGGAAAUUCAACUACUUUGCAAUUUUUAUUUGUGGUAUGAGUUUAGCUGCUGCUUUACUCGAAUCUAUGGGCAUUGGUUUUGUUAUUCCAGUAGCUCAGUGUGAUCUACAGCUUACGCAUAGUGAUAAAGGUGUUCUCAGUGCAGUUGCUUUCAUUGGCAUAAUUGUUAGUUCACAUCUUUGGGGAUUCUUGGCUGAUACCAUGGGUCGACGGACUAUACUGCUUCCAUCACUUUUUGGUACCUUUAUCUCAACUGUUUUCUCCAGUUUAGGCAAUAACUUCUGGACAUUUGCUGUUUUGAGAUUUUUAUCUGGAUUUUUUAUUUCCGGAGCUUCAACAACUGUUUAUUCUUAUUUGAGUGAAUUCCAUAAUCCGAACGCACGAUCGAGAGCCAUAAUGGCAGCUUCAAGUAUCUUUGGCUUAGGUGGAUUGUUAAUGCCUGCAAUUGCGUGGUUAGUAAUGAGUUCUUCAUGGAGCUUCGGUAUUCCCCUAAUUGGCAUCACGUAUAAACCCUGGCGCCUCUUUUUGGUUGUCUCCGGUCUUCCGGAUCUCAUUUGCGCCAUUUCAUUCAUAUUCCUACCUGAGAGUCCAAAAUACCUUUUGUCCCAAGGUAGACAAGAGGAAGCUAUUGCAAUUCUCCAAAGCGUUUAUCACAUUAAUACGGGCAAAAAGAAAGAGAAUCUCAACAUAAGCGCCUUCAUUGAAGAACAAGACGAUCUUGAAAGCCGCGAUCAGUUGGAAAAUAAUAUGCAAGAAGGAUUUUCGCGAAUAUUCAGGAAAAUAUACAAUCAAACUGCACCUCUCUUCAUGGGCGACUUCCUGAAGAGAACUGUUAUUGCGUGCAUUCUUCAAUUUGGAAUCCUUUUCACAGCCAAUGGGAUGUAUUUAUUCUUUCCGGAUAUUUUAAAUAGAAUUGCCAUGCACAUUGAACAAUCCGGCGGGAACUACACGGCAACUAUCUGUGAUGCUGUCCAUGAAACAAGGAUCGAUAUUGACGAUAUCCUAGAAUCUAACGAUAAAGGGUCCUGUGACAUGAAACUUGAUAUAUCUGCCUUUGAGCAUACCCUGAUCCUGGAAGUACUUUACGCUCUUGGAUUCAUCCUAAUUGGAUUCUUAAUCAAUGCCGUAGGAAAACUUGCAGUCCUAGUUUCUGUUUUCAUAAUUUGCGGACUUUGUGGCAUUGCCGUGGUAUUCACCACCAUUCCACUUCUCUCAAUCUACCUCUAUGCAAUCCUACUGCUGUGUGGUUUAGCUGUUCCUGUGGUCAAUGCUUCCACUGUUGAUUUAUUCCCAACGCAUUUAAGGGCAAUGUCCGUGAGUAUUUCAUUAAUGAUGGGACGAAUUGGUAGUGUCUUUGGAUCAAAUCUUAUUGCAUCAAUGAUUGAAUACAACUGUGGAGCUACUUUUCUCAUUUCUGGAAUCUCUCUCAUUUUUUGUGGUGUCUUAUCUUUCUUCAUUCCGAAAAUCCGAGUAAAACCAGAUCAACGAGUUCGAGAAGAAUGACCCAAAGUGACUCAUUCAG